AGAGAGAGCGAGAGAGAGGACUGUGUUGUUGCGCUCUCCUUUCCUUCAUGUGCGCGUGAUUUUCUGGCUUUGAAUGCGGGCUUGCUGCCAGCGUCGACGCCGCCGCUCGGUAUUCUGCCGCUGCUCGUUGCGGUGGUUGUUAUUUUUUUGGUUUCCGUUUUUAUUCGCCGUUUAAACUUGGUCGUGAGAGGGUAAGCCUCCAAUCCGCCCUGCCCGCGAUCGUGUCGUGUCGUCUUAGUGGAAAAAGUGCAAAGUGAAGACGGAACACUGGCCGCCAACCUAAAUCUGCAGAUUCUCCAGCACAUCUUGAUGGCUCCCGUGAGCGCUAUCACUGGCCGAUCGCCCAGCGCCACCAAUUCGUUGCAGGAUCUGAGCGCUGCCGCCGCUGCCAUUGCCCUGGACAUGACGCCCAAGGUGGAGCUGAUGCCCCUGUCCUCCUCCACGGCUGUGGCGCCCGCGCAGAAGAUCAAGAAAUUGGUGCGUCGAAAUGCCUCCGACAAGCUAAAGCUCAUCCAAAUGGUGCACGACAACCCUAUUUUGUGGGACUCGCGGCUGCCCAACUUCAAGGGCGCCGAGGAGGAGAAGAACCGCGCCUGGGAGCACAUCGGACGGGAGUUCAAUGCUCCGGGUCGCCGAGUGGCGCGCGCCUUCAAAUCUCUGCGAGAAUCCUAUCGCCGGGAGCUGGCCCACGUCAAGAUGAUGGGCACCGGCUUCAAGCCCAAGUGGAGCCUGUACGAGGCCAUGGAUUUUCUGCGAGAUGUCAUCCGAGAGAGAAAAGGCGCCUCACAUGCCACAGAUCUCAGCCUGAGCGCCUAUGCUGCACAUCUGCACAACAACAAUAAUAGCCACAAUAACAACAACCACAGCGUCCUGGGAGGAGGAGCUGGUGGCAAAGGAGGCGCCAUGAAGCUGUCCUCAUCCUUCAACGACUCGGCCUCUGCACUGAAUCUGUCCAAGUGCUCGACCCUGAAUGCGAGUGGUGACGAUUACUAUUGCGAUUACUACGUGAAGCCGGAGCUGGACCUGUCGACGGGCGGCGGGGCUGGCAGCAGCAGCAGCGGAAGCUGCUCGGGAGGUGGCGGAGGGGCGCCCGCUUUGCCCCAGCCUGCCCAUCAGCAUCUGGCGAAUAACGACAGUCGGGUGAGCUCCACCAGGAAUGAGCAUCAUCACCUGCAGCAGAGCUACGACGACAUGGACGCGAGCUCGUUGCGGAGCGGCGACGAGGAUGCGGAUGCCGGCAAUGCCUCCGAUGGGGUGGAGGAGCUGGAGGCCAUUGAUGCCGACUUUCCCUAUCCCCUCAUACUCGACUCGAACUCGCCGGGGAGCACCAAUGCCGGCGUGGAUGAGGUGGCUUCCUCACGUAAGCGUCGUCGCAAUGGCGAGCAGGAGGACCUGGACGACGGCGAUGCUGACGGUGAUGUCGGUGGUGGUGUCAUCGACGGCGAUGACUAUGAGGAGCAGAUGCUGCAGCAGCAUCGGCAUUUGCGCCAGCAACAGAAUGCCGGUGUGGUCACCGGGGGAUUGGAUCUGCCGCCACCCCAAACGGUACGCGAGGUCCUCAACUCGAAGUUCUGUGGCUUCAUCUCCGCCAAACUGAACAGCAUGGAGGACUCUGAGGCGGACAAUCUGAUGAAUCGCAUUCUCCUGCUACUCGUGCAAAUGCAGCAAUGCGAAGGAUCUGUCAAGUAGAGCCGGUGUCGGGAUCUAGUUUUUAGUAGCGAAGAAAAGCCCAUUAUGGAUUAAUGCGGCUGCUCAAAGCAAAUAGCAAAUAGCAGAUAGCAGAUAGUUUCUUGCCAUAUCAUUUUGCUCCCCCACACCCUUCCAAUUUUGCCAUAAGAAAAAAAGAAAUGCCAAAACUGUGCCAUACCAAAAAGAAUCGAACAAAAAUGCAACAGAAGGAACUGGUUAUACCUUAGGGAUCGUAUCGUUCCUGCUCUCAUAUCAAUAAAUGCAUCUCAAGCAACGGAAAACAAACACUCAAAGAAGAAAGACAGCACAAAGACAAAGACAAAGAGAAAGACAAAGAUAAAGACAAAGAAAGUAAGAAGGUUAAGAGAUUUAGUCUAGUGUAAAUGUAAAUGUUAAUUUCGUUUUAAGCCCCGAUCGACUGUGGAUCAUUUAGCAUAUAUGCACAUACAUAUGUGGUAGUACAUACUCGUAUAAAUAUAUAAUGCUCCAAAAACGUCUCAUCACAUGAAAGAGAGGAAACACGCUACACGAAGUAGCAUAUCCCGAUAUUUUUUGUUAUCAUCUAAGAAUAUUAGUUCAAAACACACGCCAAAGUUCGCUCUAACACGAACAGAACAGAAUAUGUCUUAGCCUUAAUUUCAUAUGAACAACUUAUUUAUAGUUUCCUUUAUCUUCUUCUUAAUUAACCUAAAUGCAAAUAGCUUGCCAUACUUUUUGCCAAAUAUCCUGGAGAGAAUAUACAACAUUUUUGGUUUAAUAAACACACAAAAUCGUGUAAAGAAAUGAACUUUAAAUAA